AAAGGAUGUGGUGUCCUGCCACAGCCACAGCCACAGCCGCCGCCUCCCGCUGCCACCGUCACUAACGCUACCGCUAACGUCGCGUCACCGCCACCGCCACCGCAGCUGCCGCCGUUUUUCUAUUGUUAUCAAUCGACGACAACGCACCGACCGCGGCGCACCGGUAUAGGUGCAGUGGUGGUGGUCGUCGUCCGUCGUCGCCGGCCGCGCGUUCAUAAAGCGCGACCACGCUGCCACCGCCGCACACGCGUCGUGUUGGCCACGAGAAACGUGUCGACACCGCUGCCGCUGCCGCCGCCGCCGUCGUCAUCCGAUGUCCGAUUUCGACGCGUCGCACAUACGAUCACACAGAGAAUCAGUUCAACUUGGAAUAAUGUUUAGCCACAGUAUAUUUUAAAGAAAACAAAUUGUUUUUUCGCUGUACUAUGGCCAUUCUCCAAUCUUGUUGUUGUUUUCAGUCUCUUAGAACGGGAUGUUAUGCCAGCGUCAUUUAUGCAAUGGCUUAUUUUAGUUUAAACACUAGCAUAUUAGGAUCAUUUAUACAUCUUGAAAGACCAUAUUGGACUGGGAAUGGAACCGCUCCACAGAGCAAAAGUUUCCUAGAACCGGAAAAAAUUUCUGAAACUACAGUGGUUUUUCAUAUGGUAGUGUUGGUGUGUGCAGGAUGCGGUAUACUGACCAGCAUCGUGUUGUUGAUAGGAAUUUAUUUUGAUCUCAGAGUUUUAUUCGUACCUUGGAUAUUUGCAAUGAUCUUAGCAACUACUGUUGACGUCGCACACUCAAUAUAUUUAUAUGGACUUGAUACGGUUGAAUUCAAUCCGCCGACAGCAAUUUUGUAUACUAUCGAUUUUUUUCUACUAAUUUUAAACCUGUACGCGGUACUCUGUGUGAUAUCUCAAUAUCAAGAACUAAUGGCGGGCAGAGGUACUGCGCGUUUUGAACAAACCUUGAAGGUAUCGCCAGUGAGGUAUACAUGCCAGCCAACAGGCACCAGUUGCUUGAGUUCGAGGCGACCUGCUACACUACCAGCGUCACCAACGCAGAGUCCCACGAAGACCACAGUAACUGCAACAGCGAGCUCGGUGGUGAUGACUGUAGGUGGCGGAACGUCCUCAGGUUCGCGCAGGGGUUCCAGGAAACAUGUCCAGUUCCCGGAUUUCGAUGCUCCGAAUCUAAAAUCCACGGACCUGUUGCAUGCAAACUGGAAGCAAGGAUCGUCGCCGCCACCCGAACAGGGCACCGUGACACCCACAGAAUUAUCGAGUCAACAACUGCUGAUUGCUGACAACAGGCCAAGCCAUUUACAAGCCGAUCUGCUGCAAAUAUCCACGCAAGAUUGUCCAAAAAAGUUUACAGCAGAUCUUUAGACUUGAUUCAAAAGUACAUUUUUACGCGGUGUUUCGCAUCCAAUAUAGCCUUAUUAUAAAAUUUAAUAUAUAAUAUUAUACAUUAUGUAAUAUUUUCUUUUAUAAUAUAAAACUUUUAU